AUGAUAACUGGAAGUUUAGAAGGUCAAAACUCAAGCUUUAUAUAUGACUAUAAAGGAGCUUGGAAAUCAUUCAAAAAGUUCAAAAAAGAAUCACUAUAUAAAUUAUUCAAUUUUUUUUCUGAUCUCUAUAGCAACCGAGAAGGACCAGAAAUGAAAUCAACGACACAGAAAGUUGUCGAUGUCAUUUUAAAUUCUAUCAUCACUUUACAGAUAAUUGGGCUAAAUUGACACCUACAGUCUGACUAUGAUUUCUUAAAGCCAUAUGAAAUUUAUUGACAAUUGUUUGGAUAUGCAGGUUUUGAUAAUAUUUGUGCAGACUCAAACUGAUUGAUUCAAUGCUAUUAUGGUUGCUUACUGAUGAUAUCGAUGACUGCUUUAUUGAUUUUUCUUUCUAUAUUGUGAUGUUCAAAAACUAGAAAACUGAGUACAGUCCCAAGAUUUUUUCUAAAAAAGUGUGUGGGUUUUCUCUCUACCAUUGGUCUGGUCCCUAUAUCAACUCUUCUAUUAUUAGUAAUAAAAUAUUCAUCACAAAAUAAUAGUGAAAUUACAGAAUAUACAAACUGCGAAAAUUGCAAUUUGAAUUUAGGAUCAUUGCAAAUCCUGGCUUCAAUUAUUUGCUUAUUAUUUCUUUUUUGUCUAAGCAUCUUUAAUGAAUUAUUUUCUGCUGAAUUAAGACAUUCUCAGCGUUCUGAGAAUAUUAGGUCGAGAGCUCAUUCUGGAUUAAAUAUAAAAAUGCUUUGGACAACUUAUUUAGGUGUCGGAUUUUUUGUGUCAUUAAAUGAUUACAGCAAUUCUUAUUUCAAAAUUAUUUUAAUUUUUUUCCCUUCCUGAGUGAUAAUUAGUGCAUUUUUUAAUCGUCCAUAUUACAAUUUUGAAGCCAAUUGAAUCCUAAUAGCAAGAAAUGCGACUAUUUUAUUAACAACCCUAGCUUUUGCAUUUGGGGAAACUAUCGACGACUCUGGGGUAAUUUUGCUUUUGUUUUUUAUAGUAGAUCCUUUAAUUAUCCUCAUAUUGCUUCACAUCUAUAAUAAAACAGAAAAAUUUGUGUCUAGGAGAUACGUUAUACCUAAAUCUCAAUACGAAUUUGAAAUAAGGUUCAGAGACGAGCUUUCUGCUGCACCAAAAGAUACCCGGUCUAUAGUUUUAAAGUUUUCUAAGGUCGAAAAGAUCCCUCACUUCUAUAAAGACAAACUCUUAGUCAUAUGAGAAACAAAUUACUGUUUUUAUAUCCUAGGUGAUGAAAGGUUAGCCCGCGUUAAGCUAACAAAAGCAAAAACUGAUAUAUCAAGCAUAGAAGGCGAUUUCCAAGAAUGGCUAUUAUACAAGUGUUUUGAGGACUCCAAUACUGCCCUGUAUGAAGACAUAAAUCUUCUUGUCUAUUUAUUAGAGCUAGAAAAAGUAAAAAAAGAUGACAGGAUUUUAUGUUACUAUUUAAUAGGUUUUUGAGAUGAAAUUACGUCAAGAAAUCCCAGAGUCGACAAGCUUCAUUUUAUCAUGAAAAACCUGUCUAAAAAGCUAACAAAAGUAAAAAAAAAAUAUUCAAGUAUCAUUGCGAAAUUUCCUUAUAGUGCUUAUUCUCAUGAGCUGUAUGGGACUUUGCUUCAAGAUAUGCUUGGAGACUAUGAAACUAGUGGAAAAAUGCUGACAAAAAAAGAAAAUUUAAUGGCGCUUGAAAACCAGCAGCCUGAAGACAAAUUUUUCCAAUUUUCUGAAUUUAAUGGAUUUUUAUUAAUUUCUGCUAAUAGAGAAAAUUUUGGGGUUAUCACAUUUGCUAACCCAAAAGCUUCCCUAAUCCUGAAACAGUCCACAGCUAAUCUAAUGGGUACCAGAAUUAUAAACUACAUCCCGUCUCCUUACGACCAAAAACACGAUUCGUAUAUGCAAAAAUUCAUAGAAAACUGCACUAAUCCUGAUAUUGCCAUGACUAUGGGAUUUUUUCUUCAAACUGAGCGUGGGUAUCUCGUUGAAUGUAAAUUCCAAACAAGGCUGGUCGCUUUAGAGUCAAAUUUAUAUUUUAUGACCUCAUUAAAGCAAAUUCAUAAAAGCAGACAAAUUGCUCUCUUAUCAGAAGACGGGUAUAUUUUAAGUCACAGCGAACUUUUCACGCAUUAUAUAGACGAGUCUAUAAAUUCUUUUAAAGGUAUUCGUAUAUCUGAAUUAAUACCAGAAAUAGAUAUCAGUGUAAUGGAUUCUUUUGACCCUUUAACAGUCAAAGUUAAAGGGCAUCCACUUGUAUUUUCACAUAUUAUUCAUAAAACUGGGUCGACAGUUAUGCAUGCUCUUUUAUUAAUUCAUGAAAGAAAUGAAAUGGCUCAGUGACAAAAGCGGGAGGAUUAUGACCAAAUUAAUUUUUUUCAAAAUUGCAUUUCGUGCCAAAUAAUUUCUGAGCCGACUUUGUCUCCGUCUUUAAUGGAGCCAAAAUCGUGACAGGAAGAAAAAAUAGCAAAGCAUUUGUCGAUCAGCAAUAUUUCGUAUGAAAGCAUGGCAGUUUAUGAUAAAGAAAAUAAUGAGACUAAAACUUUAGGCCAAAAAGAACAGGAAAAGACCUCACAAACGCAGAGCAGCUAUUCUGCAAGCCAGUCAAGUAAGAUUUAUUAUGUUUUGCCUAUUUUAUUUAUAAAAUUUCAUAUACAUAUUCCAUUUUAGCAUAAAGAGCCUAUUUUCAAGCCCAAAAUAAAAUUGUCAUGUAGAUUCUAUAAAUAAAAAUGUAAUAAAGGAUUAUGUAGGGUUUGGAAAUAACAUGGUAAUUAAAUCAGAAAGUGCUUUAAGACUAUUUAAAUGAACUCUUCUAGCAUCAGUAUUUUUUAUCUAGAUUUUAAUUGUGAUAGCAGCCAAUAUUAUAAUUAUGUCAUUAAUUUACAAUCAAAUUAGCUACUCAAACAAUCUUGGAGUUAUUAAGCGGAUAGCAGAAAUUUUAUAUGAGUCAAGCAAAGUUGCUUAUUUAACCCGAGCUAUGGAUGCAGGCUACAAAUAUAAAAUAGUCAAUUAUACAUAUUAUAAAGAAAUGUUCAUUGAUACCUUUGACGGCUUAACCCUUAUCCAAAACCAAUUAAUAAAUGACUAUUCAAGAUGAAGCAAUUGCAAAAUCUCGUCAAAAAUCGCAGAUGAAGAUAUACCAAACUGAAAUCCAGACUCAGGCAGAAACCCAAAUUAUUUGAAUCUUUAUGAUUCUAUAUCGAAGUCUACAGAAGCAGUAAUAUUUAUAUAGGGGAAAAAGUAUAUUGAAGCAAUUGAAAGCAAGCAAAACUAUGGAUAUUAUGAAUUUGAAUUAAUGCUAAACACGUAUGGAAAUAUUUAUCAAAUACUUAAUGAGUCUUUUGUAGGGUUUAUCGACUGUGAAAUCAACACGCUAAAGGAAGCUAAUACUAUUAUUGAUGCUUUAACAUUUCUUGGCGUGAUAAUUGUAGGUCUCUGCUUUAUGGCGUUGAUUCCUAUAACCAAAAAAUUCGUCAAAACUUAUGAUGCCUUGUUGAAUUUUGUGAAAUCCUUGGCACAAACGUCAUAUUUUGAAGUCCAUCAGAAUAUCUUGAACCGGCUUUCUGCAAUCCAUGAUAUUUCUCACUCCCCUCUUUAAAUUGGAACAAAAAAUUUUUAAAAAAAAAAAAUUAGCAAUCAAGGAUAAUAAAUUUAUUUAAAUAAGAUACUCUUUAUACUCUCUUCUUUAAAGAAUAUAAAUAAAUUAUAAUUUUAGUUAAGAAGAAAUAUUUAAUUUAUAUCAAAACUUUUUACAUAAAAAUAUGAUUUUUUUUCUCUAAAAUUUUUAUAAAAAAUUGAAUUUUGUUUCAAUUUAAAGGCCAAAAAAAUGGAAAUUUUUACCUAUAUUUUGUCCCAAUUUAAAGUGGGGGGAGUCAGGAAUUCGACUUCGGGAACCGUUUUAAAGUGGAAAACGUAAACAUUCAUUAUAAAAAUGGGUACAGGAUGAUAGUGCUAUGCGCAAUAUUUAUAGCUAUAUCGUCCCUUUAUUAUUUCUUAAUCAGCUAUUGGCUUUAUCCCUACCUUCAAGAUUACGUUAUUAAAAGAUACGAUUUUAUGCAGUGCUGGUAUACCCGAAGCGCAUAUAUAUCAGAAAUUUCUCUUUGAUCAAGAGAGGUUACCACAAAAUCUUUUUACCCUUUAUCUGCAAUCUUGCCUUCUCAUUAUGCUUUUAAAGACCCGAAUUACGAAAUUGUUGAUAAAAUCAAUAGUUUCGAUAGGACUAAUAUAGACAUUGCAAGCAAAAAAUAUAGAGAAUUGUAUUCAAGUAAGCUGAAAAAUUAUGUUUUUGAGUCACAGCCAAAUCCUGAUGAUUUAUUUUUUAGCUAUGGGUCUUAUUCGGGGUCUAGUGUGCUAGUUGCUGAAUCAUAUUAUAACUCAUUUGGAGGAGGCUCUCAGGCUGAUAGAAUAGUUUAUUAUAAUAGAAUGAGCAUACUUCAAAAAUCGAUUAAAAAUGUUACAGAUCAGGCUGAUAGCGACUCAAGUGACUUAAUAAAAAGCGAGCUGAAUUUCAUGGUUUAUAUCACAAUUGGAUACUGCUUUUUUUGCAUUGGGCUGUACUUUUGAUUGUAUAUUCCUUAUAUAUAUGUGGAGAAGCAAAAACUCAUGAGGCUUCAAGCAAUUUCAGCAUUGAUGCCUUCUCAUAUAAUUCAGAGAAAUGAAGACAGCACACAGCACGUAUCUUUAGUGUCAAGUAAUAAAAAUUAA